CCAUCCCCGGCGUUCGAGAAGCUUCUUCUCGCAAAUCUCUGACGAAUUUUCCACGUAUCUUUCGUGGUCGGAUCGAACGCGUGAAAUGUUGGGAUGAAAGGUGCUACGUUGGAUCGAUGCGAUCGAUGAAAUACUGUUAGUAACCUGACUACUCUACGGCUCUUGAAAUGGAUCGAGGAUUGUUCGCUGUUACUCUGUUCAUCGGCUUACUAAUAACAAUACCGCAAAGCCUCGGUGCAUCGCGACCGAUAAAAAUUGGCGCAAUCUUCCAUGCAGGCGACGAGGAGCACAUGGCUGCGUUUCUAAAGGCGGUGUACGAGGCGAGAUUCGAGCACGUCGCGCCCGCAUUCGAGCUUCAGCCCAUCGUAAAGCAGGUAGAGGUUAAUACCGACAGCUUCAAGACCGCCGCAGCCGCCUGCGAGCUCAUGGACGAGGGUGUGGCGGCAAUCUUCGGCCCUUCGAGUCCGUACACUCAUGGAAUUGUCGCGAGCAUCGCAGCGCGUUUCGACGUACCGCACAUCGACUACUUCUGGCGGCAGAACGAGGAGGUGCAGGCGAACCAGGAGCCCAAGAACCCGAAACCGAUGACCAUUAACGUGUUUCCUGACAGCGACACGGUUUCCAAGGCGAUCGCAGACGUGGUCGAGUCCAUGAAGUGGACCACUUUCGCGGCUAUCUACCAAAACGACGACGGCCUGUCGCGGCUCCAAAAAGCGCUGUCUCUUAGGCGAAAGAAGGACAGCAUAAUCACGAUAAGAAGGCUCAGCGAAGGGAUGGAUUAUCGGCCAAUCCUGAAGGAGAUUCGCGCUCUAUCCAUCUGCAACUUGAUCGUGGACGUUGAGCCGAAUAACAUCGUCGAAGUGCUCUAUCAAGCGAAGGAGGUCAAGCUGCUAGCGGACUACUGUAAUUUCUUAAUUACUUACCUGGACUCGACGAAAGUGCCAAUUUCAGAUGUGCGAAAUGGAACCACGACUAAUAUCACUGGAUUCAGCUUGCGGGAGAACGACGUGGAAGGAACUAAUUGGGUGGAAUCGGCUGUUCUCUACGAUUCCGUCUUCCUCGUGUACAACGCGUUGGAGGCCUUGAACGCAAGGAACAAGGACAGCAAGGAGCCUGUAACUAUUGACCCGGUACCGCUCUCUUGUGAAGAUGCAGAGAAAUACAGCGCAGGUCCCAACAUUACCAACCUGAUGCGCGAGCUGUCGAAAGAAGGAAAAAUCACAGGACCGAUGAUGUUCGACGAGAACGGCCGUCGUUUCUACUCGAAAAUACGAAUCAUGGACGUGAGAGCGGGGGAGAGUGUUCAAACUGGAUACUGGGAUCCCGACGGUCUUCAUUCGAUCGACAGUGAAAAGGAACGAAAGGAUUAUCUGUACAAAUCCAUCGAACAGAAGAAGUUCAAGAUUAGCACUAAACUGGGUCCACCGUACAUAAUGGAGGUAACGGACAGCGCAACUCGAGGUAUAGCUAUCGAGCAAACGCGGUACGAGGGCUUCUGCAUCGAUCUCAUCGAGGAGAUUGCCAAGCUGUUGAAUUUUAAAUACGAGUUCGAGUUAGUGCCCGACGGGAAUUAUGGCACGUACAACAAAGAGACGAAACAGUGGAACGGCUUGAUCAGACGUUUGCUGGAUCGGGAUGCAGAUUUAGCUAUUUGCGAUCUUACAAUUACGUACGAGCGGGAAAGCGCGGUAGAUUUUACGAUGCCGUUCAUGAAUCUAGGUAUCAGCAUUUUAUCGAGAAAACCGGAGGAGAAGGAGCCGGAUCUGUUCUCGUUUCUGUCACCGCUGUCAACAGACGUCUGGAUUUACAUGGCGACUGCUUUCUUAGCAGUUUCGAUAAUGCUCUUUCUGCAGGCUAGAAUGGCGCCGGAAGAAUGGGACAAUCCGCAUCCCUGCAAUCCAGACCCGGAGGAAUUGGAAAAUAAUUUCAACCUGAGUAACUCCAUGUGGCUCACUGUCGGCUCUAUCAUGCAACAGGGCUCCGAUAUACUUCCCAAGGCACCUUCGAUUCGAAUGGUGGCCGGCAUGUGGUGGUUCUUCACGUUGAUCAUGGUUUCCUCGUACACCGCCAACUUGGCUGCCUUCCUGACAGUCGACAAGAUGGACAAUCCAAUUAAAGGUGUAGAAGAUCUCGCUAAACAGACGAAAAUCAAGUACGGAGCUGUUCUCGGUGGAUCCACCUCUGCUUUCUUCAGAGAUUCCAAUUACUCCACUUAUCAACGUAUGUGGGCCACGAUGAUGGAAACUAGACCAAGUGUAUUCACGAAAACGAACGACGAAGGUGUCGAACGUGUACUGAAAAAACGUGAUUACGCUUUUCUCAUGGAAUCCACUACGAUCGAGUACAGAAUGGAGAGAAACUGUGAUCUCGAUAAGGUUGGAGGUCUUAUCGACAAUAAAGGCUACGGUAUCGCCUUGCCACGAAAUUCUCCAUACAGAACCCCUAUAAGCGGCGCGAUACUGAUGCUGCAGGAGAAAGGGGUGUUGCAGGAUCUGAAGACGAAAUGGUGGAAGGAACGUGGCGGUGGAUUGUGUUCGAAAACCGACGCAGAACCGACAAUGUCCAGCGAGUUAGGAUUGGCCAACGUCGGUGGUGUAUUCUUGGUCCUCCUGAUCGGAUGCUGCGGCUCGUUCGUCAUCGCCGUCUGUGAAUUCCUGUGGAAUGUACGAAAGGUCGCCGUGAAGGAAAAGGUCACUCCGUGGGAGGCGCUGGUAGCCGAAUUGAAAUUCGCCGUGAACAUUUGGGCGGAGACGAAACCCGUUAAAAUCUCGAAAAGCAGCGGCACGAGUUCGAUGGAGGGCGGCAUCGGUCGAGCGGCCUCGACAGCCCGCUCGAUCGUCGGCUCUUUCCUUCGCCUCGACAUCCUUGACAAAUUCGACAAAGAUAACAAUACCAACAAUUGCAGCGACGAUCGCAAGAUCAAUUAAGAUCUUCGCCCUUUGUUACACGGAUUAACGGUGAUUUAAUUGGUAGUUAUUGAAUAGUUCAUUUUACCGAGAAACACACGUAGAUUGUCGCAGAGAAGAUCCACCGGUACGUGUACCCUUUUAUUUGUGAAUAAGAAAAUGGUAAAGAUAACUACAAUUUCCUGCGAGAUUUCUGUUCAAAUUUGUUCGACUAAUUUUUAAACAAGUAAUACACUCUA